AUUGCGUGUUUCAUAGAUCCUUAUCAUUUUCGUACAAUUUCAUGGCCCGAUAUGAUAAUUGAUAAUGCAAUUUUAUGGCAAGCAGUCAUAUAUUCUUACUAUUUUCAAAAUUCUAUUAUUAUUUUAGAUAUUAAAAAUGAAUACUAUUCAAAUAUCAAAUAUGAGACAAAAAACAAGUAUACUCGAUAAGUCUAUAAGCAAAGGUAAAGGUGAAAUAAACAUGAACUGUUUUGCAUUAAUGUUUUCUGAAUUGGUGCAAUACUGUCAAGGUAAAGCACAUACAGUUAAUGAAUUACAAACAAGGUAUGUAAACAUAAGACUACACUAAUUUAAAAAUAAUUAAUGUAUAAUAUUUGUUUGUAGAUUGUCUGAUUUAGGGCAAGAAGUUGGUACAAAAUUAAUAGAUUUGCAUUUUUUACGUGAAAAAAACAGUAAACGUGAGAUAAAAUUAUUGAACAUGUUAUUAUUUAUAAAAUCUACAUUUUGGAAAGUAUGUAAAAAAAAAGUUAUUUAGUUUACUGGCCCCUUUUUUUUUUUUUGAAAAUAAGUGUUUUUGACAGAUUAUUUUUGAUAAGUGUUUAAAUCUUUUUGAGAAAACUUAUUAAAGAAGAUAAAGGAGUUUGUCAUUAUUACGGUUUUGCUCUAGUACCUAGUUGUUCAUAAAGUUUGAUAUAUGCCGUUCUUAAAAAAAUUGUUACAUUUUUUUGUAUAUUAAUAAGCGUCUAAUCUCCAAAUUUGAUUUAAACAUUUUGAUUUUGUCCCAAUCAAUAUUUUUCCUGUUACCUACCUAAUGUUGUUUUGCACAACUUAUUGAAGUAUUUUUUUCAUUUAAAACACUCAAAGUUCAGUGAUAUUAAUACCGUAAUAACUUCAAACUUCUAUAACUUCCUUAAUAAUGAAAUUAUUUUGGUUUCCGCAGUGUUGAAAUAUACAUUUUCAAAAAAAAUUGAUAAAUAAAAGGUACCCAGUAAACAAGAUUUGUCCCAAAAAAAAAUUUAAACCACAGAUCACAUAAACUUGAUGUAUAUGUCUUUAAAGCAAAAAUUGUACCUCUUUUGUUGAACUAUCAGAGUUUUUUUGGCCGUGAAGCUGAUAAAUUAGAACAUUCAAAUGAUGAUGAUUCUACUUACUAUAUAAUUGAAAAAGAACCAUUAGUAAAUAAAUUUAUUUCUGUUCCUAAAGAUAAAGGCAAUUUGAACUGCGCCAUAUUUGUCGGUGGCAUAAUUGAAGGAAUACUUAAUUCAUCAGGAUUUGUAAGUAUCAAUUUUUCUUUAAUAUAAUAUGAAUAGGUAGGUAUGUAGACAUACCUAAUUUGCAAUGCUGUUAAUGCUAAUAACAUUAUAAUUAGCAAGUAGCUGAUCAAUUUAAGUAUUGUUUCAGAAAAAUAUACUCUACUUACUCAAUUACAUAGUGUAAAUAUAUCACCAGUGUUAAAACAUCAAAACAUUUACUUUACACAUUUUUUCAAAAGAAGUAAUGGUGUAUAAAUCAUACAUUGUAUAAUAUAAGCUGAAUCUUAUUACCUUAACAUUCUUUUAAAAUAUUUAUCAUAAAAUAUAAAAUCUUACACAGUUACAUAUUCAUAAUUAUAACUAAAUGUAUAAGUGUUGAACACACUUUAAAUGCAUCAAUCAAUUAAAUGAUUUAUAGAUAUUUUAUUAAUUUACAUUGAUUAUCUCUUUUUCUCAAAACUAGACUUUUUUGCAUGUAAUAUAUGUUUUCCAUCGAGCCAUAAUAACUGAAGUCUAAUAAAAUACUCCUUCCAUAAUUUUACCAGGAUUAUACGAGCAGAAGUCUUGAUAUAUGACAGGAAACAUACCCCUUUUUUAGUUUGAGGUACAGAUCUUUUUGUAAAUUAUUAUUUUAUUUCAUCGAGUAUAUUAGUUAUUAUAUUCUUUACUUUUGUUUCUAAAAAAAAAACCAUACAAGUACUUUGAAUGCAAAAAACUUAUUUGUUAGUAUUUAUUAUUCAAGCAAAUUUAAUUAAUAUACUAAGCAAUGUGUUGUUUGUAAAAAAAUUAGUUCAGUUGAAUUAUUCACACAAGUGAAUGAUUUGAACUAAUUCACACUUACAUGAACAUUUUCGUUUUAAUUUAUACCGUUCAAUAAUACUCUUACAUUCACCCAAGUAAUUCAUUAAAAUUAAAAUAGAUAACAUUUAAAUUAUUCACUUGUACAGCGCUGUGGUAGUCACACCCACCAUUUGAUAAAUGAUAUCAAAUGAACAAGUUCAUCUAAGUGGUUAGGUGAACGACUAUAUAGUCCCAUCCCUAGUACUAACCAUGGUUGGAAUAUUCUAGGUUAUUGUAUAUAAACUGGUUAUCAAAUCAAAAAUAAAAUGGCAGUGUAAGAUUAUAAGGAUAAAACUCUAAUAUACCAUGGCUGUACGGCUGAUGUGUUUAUUCAUAUUUAAUCUAAAAUGAACCAUUUAUUUAUUAAACUCUUACAUUUUAAUCUUGGUUUUCUAUUAUGUGCGGGAAAAUUGGAAAUAAGUACCAAAAUUUGAAUCAAUCAUAAUCAUAACAGCACCCUUUACACUGCCAUUUUCAAUUGGUAUGUACUAUAAAACAUUAGAGUAGGGAUACAAGUGAAAAACAUGGUGGUUUAUUUCAAUAAUGUUACUAACCAUAUUUUUAUUUGUUUUAUAGAAUGCCAAAGUUACUGCACAUUGGCACAAAGGUACAACUUACAUGGUUAAAUUUGAAGACUAUGUUAUAACCAGAGAUAAACAAAUGGACGAACGUUAAUAGUAUUUUUUUUAAAUGUCUAUUAUUGGUUUCACAGUUUAAUAAUUAUGCCAAGUACAUACAUGUAUAUUUUUUUUUUUUGUAAAUAUAACAUUAUUUUCCAAAUUAAACUGAAGAUAAUAAAAUUUGAAACUGUAAGCUAUAUAAAAAACAUACAAGUAAUUGCAUUUAAAAUAAUUCCUUGAUAAACUUUGUUUUUUUACAAAAAUGAAAUCUUAAAUAAUAAUCAAAACAUACAACCUAAAUCUAAGAUGCAUUUCUAAAAUUAAUAAAAAAAAAUUUAAGAUGAAGUGCUUGGUUUUUCAACUGCAGCAGAUGGGCUGCGCAGUUUAUAUAAUACAUAUGCAACAGCUAUUGUUCCAUAAGUGGCACAUACAAUC